GUUCUUCCGUCCCGGCUCAAAGCUGUUAGGAUUGGUUGAAACUUGGCAACUAAGAACAAACCGAAAUUUAUUCAACUCUGAGCAGAACCAUGACGCCAAGUCCACGACAAAUAACAGAGAGCCGCAGACUAAGAGAGUUUCUUUACGGUAGAAUCUUUUCACGCAAACUCUUAUAUAUAUAAUAUAUAUAGUUCUGAAAUCCAUGGAUAAGCUGAAGAAAUCGAGAUGGUUUCCCGUGUUGCCCGAUUCAUGGCCCAGUCGACGCCCAUGUCUUUUUCAUUCACCAUCUUUGUGAAUUUAAUUUGUUUUAUUGUCUGGUAGUUUAUGAUGUUGGUGGUAUUUGAAUCUUGUCUUUGGAUUUAUCGAUGUCAAUUCUGGGUGGGAAUGGGUCGAAAUUUGCUGGUGUCCACCGUGGAGUUUUUGUGAAAUUUGCAAUUGAUUUAUGGGCUUUGUCUUCCGGGUGGGGUUUUUUGGGGGAAUACUCUUUAGAUGUUUCUGGGAGAAACCAUUUACUUCUCUUUUGGAGGCUUUUGGGGGAAGAAUCAAAUUAUGUGAUGGGUGUCAAUUGUAUCACUUUCUUUACGGGAUGUUUCCAUGGUUCUGUAAUGAGAAAAAAGGUUUGGUCUCUCUCUCUCUCUCUCUCUCUUUUCCCCUCCUUUAUUCUGUGAAUUGUUUGGUACUGUGUUAUUGAGCACAAUCUUGGAGAUUCCAUAUUGGUGGAAUUGAAUUGCUUUUGGUAUUGGUGAAUUUGGUGGUAUUACAACAUUCCAGUUACAUGGAGUGAACUGAUAGAAAAAAAAAAAAAAAAGCUACUGGGGAGAUUUCAUAAACAGGAAGGGGAUUGAAGGGGAAGGUGGGUUGAGAAAUGUCAUCCAAAUCAACAAACAAAACAAAUUGUUCUCGGAGCAGCUCUGCUCAAUCAAAGCAUGAUGCCCACGUCGUUGCACAAACCCCCGUUGAUGCUAAGCUUCACGCAGACUUUGAAAAGUCUGAAGGGGGAACAUUUCAUUAUUCUGCAUCGAUUGAUGUCAACGCAUCAAGUUCUACCAGCAUUGCCCCCUCUUCUACCAUAUCAGCUUAUCUGCAAAAGAUGCAAAGAGGAAGCCUUAUUCAGACGUUUGGUUGCAUGAUUGCCGUUGAUGAGCAAAAUUUUACCGUCCUUGCGUACAGCGAAAAUGCACCAGAAAUGUUGGAGUUAGCUCCCCAUGCAGUUCCAAGCAUUGAGCAUAAAGAAACACUGACUUUCGGAACUGAUGUUCGGACCCUUUUUCGAUCCUCAGGCGCUGCUGCACUGCAGAAAGCUGCAAAUUUUGGGGAAGUUCAUCUCCUUAACCCUGUAUUGGUUCACAGUAGAAAUUCAGGCAAACCCUUUUAUGCAAUUCUGCAUCGAAUUGAUGUGGGACUAGUUCUAGAUUUAGAGCCUGUCAACCCAGCUGAUGUGCCAGUGACAGCUGCUGGGGCGUUAAAAUCAUAUAAGCUUGCAGCCAAAGCAAUUUCAAGGUUGCAAUCUUUGCCAAGUGGGAGCAUAUCACUGUUAUGUGAUGUACUAGUUGGGGAAGUGAGAGACUUGACUGGUUAUGAUCGGGUAAUGGUGUAUAAAUUUCAUGAAGAUGAGCAUGGGGAGGUUGUUGCUGAGUGCCGCAGAACUGAGUUGGAACCUUAUCUCGGACUGCAUUAUCCAGCUACUGAUAUACCACAGGCUUCAAGAUUUCUCUUCGUGAAAAAUAAGGUCAGGAUGAUAUGUGAUUGUCUGGCAAAACCAGUUAAAGUAAUCCAAGACAAGAAAUUGGAUCAGCCAUUGAGUCUUGGUGGAUCCACAUUAAGGGCUCCUCAUGGGUGUCAUGUUCAGUAUAUGGAGAACAUGGGAUCUAUUGCAUCUCUUGUGAUGUCAGUGACAAUCAAUGAGGAAGAUGAUGAAACCAAGAAUGAUCAGCAAACUCGAAGAAAAUUAUGGGGUUUGGUAGUCUGUCAUCACACAAGCCCUAGGUUCAUUCCAUUUCCGUUGAGAUAUGCUUGUGAGUUCUUGCUUCAAGUUUUUGGUGUUCAGAUUAACAAAGAAGUGGAGUUGGCUGCUCAGCUGAGGGAGAAGCACAUUUUGCAGACUCAAACAGUUCUUUGUGAUAUGCUUUUGAGAGAUGCUCCCGUUGGAAUUGUCACUCAAUCACCUAAUGUAAUGGAUCUUGUUAAGUGUGAUGGAGCUGCACUGUACUUCAGGAAUAAGUGUUGGUUGCUUGGGAUUACCCCUACUGAUGCACAAAUCAGAGAUAUGGCUGAAUGGCUUCUUCAAUACCAUGGUGGGAAUACAGGGUUAAAUACUGAUAGCCUGAUGGAAGCUGGUUACCCAGGUGCGUCUGUCCUUGGUGAUGCAGUAUGUGGAAUGGCUGCUGUGAGAAUUACUAAGAAGGAUUUCCUUUUCUGGUUCCGAUCUCACUCAGCUAAGGAGAUCAGGUGGGGUGGUGCAAAACACGAUCCUGCUGACAAGGAUGAUGGAAGAAAAAUGCACCCUCGAUCAUCAUUUAAAGCCUUUCUAGAGGCGGCUAAGUGGCAGAGUUUACCAUGGGAAGAUGUAGAAAUGGAUGCAAUCCAUUCCUUACAAUUGAUAUUAAGAGAAUCCUUACAAGAUGAGGCUGUCGAUGAUUCCAAAAUGCUUGUGAAUAUUCCAUCAGCUGAGACCAGUAUACAGAGGAUAGAUGACCUGCGUGUUGUGACAAAUGAGAUGGUUCGCCUUAUUGAGACAGCUUCAGUCCCCAUCUUGGCUGUUGAUUCUUCUGGUAAUGUUCAUGGAUGGAAUACUAAAGUAGCUGAGCUUACUGGGUUAAGUGUCCAGGAAGCAAUUGGCACACCCUUUGUCAAUCUUGUGGCUGAUGAUUCUAUUGAUUUGGUGAAAAAUGUGCUCCUCUUGGCUUCGGAAGGCAAGGAAGAGCAAAGUAUUCAACUUAAGCUUAAAACCUUUGGUCAUCUGGAAAACAAUGGUCCUGUAUUCUUGGUUGCUAAUGCAUGUUGUAGUCGAGAUAUAAAUCAAAAUAUAGUGGGGGUUUGUUUUAUGGGGCAAGAUAUUACUGGGCACAAGAUGAUUUUGGACAAAUAUAUUCAAAUCCAAGGUGAUUAUGUUGGAAUUAUGAGGUGCCCUUCUGCGCUUAUUCCUCCAAUAUUUAUGAUGGAUGAGCAUGGUCAAUGCUCUGAAUGGAAUCACACGAUGCAAAAAUUGUCUGGUGUAAAGAGGGAAGAAACCAUUGGUCGGAUGCUACUUGGAGAGGUUUUUACAGUUAACAGUUCUGGUUGUCAGCUCAAAGAUCAGGACACAUUAACCAAACUGCAGAUAUUGCUGAGUGGGGUAAUUGCAGGGCAAGAUGCAGAUAAACUGUUAUUUGGAUUCUUUGAUCAUAAGGGUAGCUAUGUUGAGGCAUUACUUUCUGCUAAUAAGAGAAUUGGUGCAGAGGGUAAGAUUACUGGGGUUUUGUGCUUUUUGCAUGUUGCUAGUCCAGAACUUCAAUAUGCAUUGCAGGUGCAAAGAAUAUCAGAACAGAAUGCAGCAAAUAGCCUCACAAAAUUGGCUUUUAUUCAUAGUGAGAUAAAAAACCCUUUAAAUGGAAUAAAAUGUAUGCAAAAUCUGAUGGAAUCUUCUAAAUUGAGCGAAGAACAGAGGCAGCUUUUGAAGGCAAGUACAUUGUGCCAGGAACAAUUGGCCAAGAUUGUUGAUGACACUGAUAUUGAGAGCAUUGAGGAAUGCUAUAUGGAAAUGAACUCUACUGAAUUUAAUCUUGGUGAAACUCUGCAAGUGGUCAUAAAUCAAUCUAUGAUUCUGAGCCAUGAGAGGCAAGUGCAGAUCAUAUCUGAUUCACCUACUGAAGUGUCAACAAUGUACUUAUACGGUGACAACUUGAGGCUUCAGCAAGUCCUUUCAGAUUUUCUAACAAAUGCUCUUCUCUUUACUCCUGCAUCUGAAGGAUCGUCAAUUCUGCUCAAGCUAAUACCACGAAAAGAACGUAUAGGGACAAAGAUACAUGUUGUUCAUCUUGAAUUUCGGAUCAUUCAUCCAGCCCCCGGGAUCCCAGAAGAGUUAAUUCAAGAGAUGUUCCACCACAGCCAGAGUGUCUCAAGAGAGGGCCUGGGGCUAUACAUCAGCCAAAAGCUUGUAAAGCUCAUGAAUGGCACUGUGCAGUAUCUUAGAGAGGCAGAUAGAUCAUCAUUCAUAGUUCUCAUAGAAUUUCCACUGGUUGAGCAGAUAACCCAUCGGAGAUGACAAAAAACCCGGGAAGGACCUUACGAAGACGCAAAACUUCACGGCCCUCCUGGUACAGAACAGAACCAAGCCUAUGGCAUGCCAUCGCCGCAAAUGGCCAUAGCGAUAGCUCAGCGUAUGCAACUCUUCGCUUGGCGGCUGAAGGAUGCCAGACGGCCCAGAUCAAUCCCUAACUGCUUAACCAGUAAUCUGGGUUUAUCUCGUUUCGAAGUAGCAGGCUUUGCAGCUGCAUACUUCUGCAAAAAUGUGAACAAGUUCAGUAGAAUGUUUUUCAUGGCUUCAAAAUAUCUCUCUAUGCCUUGGAAAUGUUCAACUUAAUGAAAUAUUUUGGCUUGAAAAUCUUCUCUUUCCAUGGCCUCAUGAGGAAAUUGAUUCGGGCACAGAUACAGUGUACAGAGGCAUCUUGACCAGACGUUUGUUGGCACAAAGAUUAACUUAAUGGUAGUGGUUACAUAUUAAGGCAUAUUGUGGCACAUUUUCUCGGGUGCUUCAACAAUGAUUUCGGGUUGUGAAAAGAGUCAUUUUAGGUGCCAUUUUAAUCGAGAAAGAGAACUAUUCUAUCAACUUUAUAAAUAACCUUAUUAAUAAUCAAUUUAGAUCUAAA